AUGGGAGCAGAUUCAAAUCUUUGUGCGGAUAAAUGCGAAGAAGAAGAUGGUGCCCCUCAUUGUGGUUUCAAGUCCCGAGAUGAGUGGUAAGCAGUCCGUUGGUUACGGUAACAGGGCAAAUGUGGUUGUGGCUGUGCAGGCAUCCCUUUUGAUUUGUUUCUUGGUGGGAAGGUAGAGAUUGUGACGUCAUUCCGGUAUUACGAUUCUUGUCUUUACAGUAUCUUGAGUUGGAACGUUGCAAUCAUUACAAUUUCCGAUCUCCAUCUUGCAACAGGAUCACGAUCCAAUACAACCCAAAUCAGAGAAGAGACUCAAUACUUCCAGAAGGCUGGAUUGAAGGUAUUUUAUGAACCGAUACAGCAAGGCGUUUUGUAUGCAGGUAAGUUGAAGGAAGACUGGGAAGACGUAAAUUUGCAGCUCCUCUGGUUGGAGGGCUUCUCUUUACUUACCCGGUUCAAUGGUGCCUUAGAAAUUAUAACUCGCGCCCUGUCUAUAGCACGGUGACGCUAGCUUCUAUAAUUGCGACGGCAUCCCAUCCGUUAAUUCUGGAGGAAAACUUUUGGCUGGUGGUUUCAAUUCGGCUUGUGCAAGGGCUUGUUUUCUCUUUGUUGUUCCCGACGAUAGCCUUGUUUAUGACUUACUGGUCAACUUUAGCAGAGAAUAGUGUGUUCAUGAGUAUAUUUAUGGGUGUUCCGCAAUUGUCAGGUUUGCUGAGUAUUCCUCUCAGUUCAUAUUUUGUAAAACAUUAUGGUUGGCCGCUUGUAUUCUAUGCACAUGCUGGAAUCUCAACCUUCUUUUGGCUUAUGUGGACUGUAAACUACAAGUAAGUGACUAAGUUAUUUCAUAUUUACGUGAUUUCAGAGAAAAUACAGUAUUCCGUAAAUCGAACAUGGCGAGAAGUAAAUUGAAUUUCUCAGGGCUAACUUAUCGCUUGAGACAAAGCACAACCUGGGCAGUUUUAAUAGCUUCGGCUGCGAAUUCAAUGCUAGUUAUUUUUGCUGUGCAGUUCCUUCAGCUCUUCCUGAUGUCAGCGCAUGGUAUUCGAAUGCAAAACGCUGGAGUAAUUGUUGGUGGAGUUAUUGCGGCACAGGUAAAUGCGUGUUAAAAUAGUAAAUAAUAUCAAGUUAAAGUUCUUUGUUAAAGUUCUCUCGGGUUUCUUGGUUCAGAAGAUCACCUUUAUGCCUCUUUCUUGGCAAAUUAGAAUGUUCAAUUCUUUGGCUUUCUUUGGCCCUGCGGCACUUUUGGUUUGGGAGGCGACGGGAUUGAAGAGUGACGAGGCGAGACUGUUAACCAUUGUGUUAGUGUUUAUAUUGGGAGGAUUUAAUGCUGGUGGAUUUAUGAAAUCCCCGGCUUUUGUCCAACAAGGAACAUGGCUUAUCGGGGCUGUUCAUGUAAGUUAGCGUACUGCUUGAAAUAUACGGUCUUUAUAGAUUGUAAAUGUCGUCGUGUGCAUUAUUUUAUCCGUUAUAAUCCCAAAUAUCGCUCCAAACGGAACCUUUGAAGAGUUCCACGUCGUCUUUAUGAUCGUGGCCGUAUCCCUAGUCGCUGGAAAUAUAUUGUUCUGCUUACUAAGUCACAUUAAUAGCAAUAGUCAUGCCUCCAGUGUUCUUACUAUCUCCACAAUUGCUCCUUAG